UUUGGCUGCACGCGGUGGUAAAUUCUGUUUGCUGCCACUGAGAAACCAGUUUUAACAGGAUGCAGUGACUCAAUGACAGUGGGAAGCCCAGGGCUUCAUUUGUUCUUUUCUUAUUCAGUGACUUCCCUUUAAAAAUCUUUGGGUCCAUCCCUGGCAGUCGUGUGAUGAAAGUUGCCUGUCUAAACAUCCAAGGAUUUCAGAGCUGAGGGUCGGAGCAAAGACUGCUCGUAAACUGAUGAGACAUUCUCAAGGAAACUUCCCCCAUGCUGGCAAUCUAGAUCCUUUCACACUCCCAGGGCUGUGCGAAGGUUGGGGAAUCUUAGAAAGUAGGGCCUCUGAUACCAAUGUCACCCCUUCCCCAAAAACAAGUUUGUGUUCUUACUUGCCUGUUGAGGAGGCAACAUGUUGCCAAGCAAAACCGCUGCUUUGUGAAUCUGUGGUAGCCCCUGAGGAAGUGGUUGGGCACCCACCUCCUCAGAUAGCCCAGUGUCAGGAGGAACUGUGGGAACUUGCAUAGCCCACACAGAGCUGGUUUCCAGGCUGUCUUCCUCCAUCCCACGGAGCAGGCAUGGGAGCAUCUGCCUGCAGUGCAGGUGGGCUGGACAGUGUCCUUUCUGUGGCCUAGAAGGUGUAGGCAGUCUCCACCCAUGAGCGUCCCAGGAAGGGACCUACUGCCUAUUCCUGAAAGCUGGAAUACCUCCUCUGCUUUUUCCCCCUCCCAAAACUUAGCAGCAAGCCUACAUUUCUCUGUGGCCUGAGAUUAUAAGAGAAAGACAAAACCUGGCUGUUUCCUCUGCUUGUUGAAGCCCAGUGACCUCUUCUGGAGAACUUGGCAAAGAAGGAACCUGCUACUUGGGCGUAUUUGGAGGAGAAGAACCUAGCUAACAGUCUUCUUAAAGAAAAGGACCUGAAGCCGCUCUGUGACCCACCUCUGAAUCCCACAAGACCACACAAGAGAGCCGGGAGCAAGAUGAACCAGCACCCUGUGGGCUCAAGAUGCACCAGACCCUCCGCCUGAACCCCGAGAGCCCGAAAAUGUCUGCGUGCAGUGACUUUGUGGAGCACAUCUGGAAACCCGGGUCCUGCAAGAACUGCUUCUGCCUGCGGAGUGACCACCAGCUGGUGGCCGGCCCUCCCCAGCCCAGAGCGGGCAGCCUGCCCCCUCCACCGCGCCUGCCUCCCAGGUCGGAGAACUGCCGCCUGGAAGAUGAAGGUGUGAACAGCUCACCUUACUCCAAGCCCACAAUUGCCGUGAAGCCCACCAUGAUGAGCUCCGAGGCCUCUGAUGUGUGGACAGAGGCCAACCUGAGUGCCGAAGUCUCGCAGGUCAUCUGGAGACGAGCCCCUGGCAAGCUCCCCCUCCCGAAGCAGGAGGAUGCCCCCGUCGUCUACCUGGGCAGCUUCCGAGGUGUACAGAAGCCUGCUGGUCCCUCUACCUCCCCUGAUGGCAAUUCUCGCUGUCCCCCAGCUUACACCAUGGUCGGCCUGCACAACCUUGAGCCCCGCGGCGAGAGGAACGUUGCCUUCCACCCAGUGAGCUUCCCGGACGAGAAGGCUGGGCACAAAGAAAAACCCUCAUUUCCUUAUCAAGACCGGCCCUCCACCCAGGAGAGCUUCCGCCAGAAACUGGCUGCCUUUGCUGGGACCACAUCUGGCUGUCACCAGGGCCCUGGGCCCCUGCGGGAAUCCCUGCCCUCGGAGGAUGACAGUGAUCAAAGGUGCUCGCCCUCUGGGGACAGUGAGGGUGGAGAGUACUGCUCCAUCCUGGACUGCUGCCCUGGGAGCCCUGUUGCCAAGGCUGCCUCCCAGACUGCAUGUUCCCUGGGCAGGCAGGGUGGCAGGGACUGCUCACCCACGUGCUGGGAGCAGGGGAAGUGUGCGGGGCCCGCAGAGCAGGAGAAGCAGGGCCCGAGCUUCCCUAAGGAGUGCUGUAGCCAGGGCCCCACUGCCCACCCAUCCUGCCUGGGCCCCAAGAAACCGUCCCUCACCUCGGAGGCUGCCAUUUCUUCUGAUGGCCUCUCUUGUGGUAGCGGCAGCGGCGCCAGUAGCCCCUUCGUCCCCCACCUCGAGAGUGAUUACUGCUCCCUCAUGAAGGAACCUGCCCCAGAGAAGCAGCAGGACCCUGGCUGCCCAGGGGUGACCCCUAGCAGAUGCCUUGGGCUGACGGGGGAGCCCCAGCCCCCGGCCCACCCCCGGGAAGAUACACAGCCUGAACCCAUCUAUGCUGAGAGCACCAAGAGGAAGAAGGCAGCUCCGGUGCCUUCCAAGCCACAGGCCAAGACAGAACAUGCAGCGGCUGCCCAGGGCCAAGGCCAGGGUCAAGGCCACGGCCAGGUAUGGACAGGUAAUGCCUGGGCCCAGAAAACAGCAUCUGGCUGGGGCCGGGACAGCCCAGACCCAACUCUCCAGGUGUCGGCCACCAUUACAGUCAUGGCAGCCCACCCGGAAGAGGACCAUCGGACAAUCUACCUGAGCAGCCCUGACUCUGCAGUGGGGGUGCAGUGGCCACGAGGGCCUGUGAGCCAGAGCUCCGAGGUGGGUGAAGAGGAGACUUCCGCCGGGCAGGGGCUGAGCUCCAGGGAAAGCCAUGCUCACAGUGCCAGCGAGAGCAAGCCCAAGGAGAGGCCCGCCAUUCCCCCCAAGUUGUCCAAGAGUAGCCCCGGAGGGUCCCCGGUGUCACCAUCUGCUGGAGGGCCCCCAGUGUCACCGCUGGCUGACCUCAGUGACGGGAGUUCUGGCGGCAGUGGCAUUGGGCCCCAGCCUCCAUCCCGAGGUCCUGCUGACCCAGCUCCUCCCUGCCGGACCAACGGUGUCACUAUCAGUGACCCAUCCAGGUGUCCCCAGCCUGCGGCCUCCGCAGCCUUGGAACAGAGGCGGCCCAGGUUCCAGGCAGGCACCUGGAGUCGUCAGUGCCGGAUAGAGGAAGAAGAGGAGGUGGAGCAGGAAUUGCUGAGUCACAGCUGGGGAAGAGAGACUAAAAAUGGCCCCACAGACCAUUCAAACUCCACGACUUGGCACCGUCUCCACCCCACAGAUGGCUCCUCUGGGCAGAACAGCAAAGUUGGGACCGGGAUGAGCAAAUCGGCCUCUUUUGCCUUUGAGUUCCCCAAGGACAGAAGUGGGAUUGAGACAUUCUCACCUCCUCCUCCGCCUCCAAAGUCAAGGCACCUUUUAAAAAUGAACAAGAGCAGCUCUGAUUUGGAAAAAGUGAGCCAGGGCUCUGCAGAAAGCCUCAGCCCAUCCUUCAGGGGUGUCCACGUCAGCUUCACCACCGGCUCCACGGACAGCCUGGCCUCAGACUCCAGGACCUGCAGCGAUGGAGGUCCCUCGUCUGAGCUGGCUCACUCGCCCACCAACAGCGGGAAGAAGCUCUUUGCUCCUGUUCCAUUUCCUUCAGGCUCUACUGAGGAUGUGUCCCCCAGUGGCCCCCUGCAGCCCCCUCCACUCCCCCAGAAAAAGAUAGUGAGCCGGGCAGCCUCUUCACCGGAUGGCUUCUUCUGGACCCAAGGCUCCCCCAGGCCCCGAACAGCAAGCCCCAAGCUGAACUUAAGCCAUUCAGAAACCAACGUCCACGACGAGUCUCACUUUAGCUAUUUGUUGAGCCCCGGGAACCGCCACCAUCCUGUCUUCUCCUCUUCUGAUCCUCUGGAGAAAGCUUUCAAAGGCAGUGGCCACUGGGUUCCAGCAGCAGGGCUGGCGGGCAACAGAGGCGGCUGCAGGAGCCCUGGCCUCCAGUGCAAAGGGGCCCCCUCCGUCUCGUCCUCCCAGCUGAGCGUGUCCAGUCAAGCCUCCACUGGGAGCACCCAGCUUCAGCUGCACGGUCUCCUGAGCAACAUCAGCAGCAAGGAGGGCACCUAUGCCAAGCUGGGGGGACUCUACACCCAGUCCCUGGCCCGCCUUGUAGCCAAAUGUGAGGACCUCUUCAUGGGCGGCCAGAAAAAGGAGCUCCACUUCAAUGAGAAUAACUGGUCGCUCUUCAAGCUGACUUGUAACAAGCCCUGCUGUGACUCAGGGGAUGCCAUUUAUUACUGUGCCACCUGCUCUGAGGACCCCGGCAGCACCUACGCUGUGAAAAUCUGUAAAACCCCUGAGCCCAAAACAGUCUCCUACUGCAGCCCGUCUGUGCCCGUGCACUUUAACAUCCAGCAGGACUGCGGCCACUUCGUCGCCUCGGUGCCCUCCAGCAUGCUUACCUCCCCCGACACGCCCAAGGACCCUGUGCCUGCCCUGUCCGGACACCCCCCUGCCCAGGAGCAGGACUGCGUGGUGGUCAUCACCCGAGAGGUGCCACAUCAGACCGCCUCCGACUUCGUGCGGGACUCGGCGGCCAGCCACCAGGCGGAGCCCGAGGCGUACGAGCGGCGCGUGUGCUUCCUGCUUCUGCAACUCUGCAACGGGCUGGAGCACCUGAAGGAGCACGGGAUCAUCCACCGGGACCUGUGCCUGGAGAACCUGCUACUGGUGCACUGCACCCUCCAGGCCGCACCCGGGCCCGCCCCCGCCCCCGCCCCCGCCCCCGCUGCCGCCGCGCCUCCCUGCUCCUCUGCCGCCCCGCCAGCUGGUGGCACUCUCAGCCCUGCAGCCGGCCCCACCUCCCCGGAAGGGACCCGGGAGAAGCAGCUGCCCCGGCUCAUCAUCAGCAACUUUUUGAAGGCCAAGCAGAAACCGGGCGGCACCCCAAACCUGCAGCAGAAGAAGAGCCAGGCCCGGCUGGCCCCCGAGAUCGUGUCUGCCUCCCAGUACCGCAAGUUCGAUGAGUUCCAGACAGGCAUCCUCAUCUACGAGCUGCUGCACCAACCCAACCCGUUUGAGGUGCGCGCCCAGCUGCGGGAGCGGGACUACAGGCAGGAGGACCUGCCGCCGCUGCCCGCGCUGUCCCUCUACUCAGCCGGCCUGCAGCAGCUGGCACAUCUGCUGCUGGAGGUCGACCCCAUCAAGCGUAUCCGCAUCGGCGAGGCCAAGCGCGUGCUGCAGUGCCUGCUGUGGGGGCCCCGACGCGAGCUGGUGCAGCAGCCGGGCACCUCCGAGGAGGCGCUGUGCGGCACACUGCACAACUGGAUCGACAUGAAGCGGGCCCUGAUGAUGAUGAAGUUUGCGGAGAAGGCGGUGGAUCGCAGGCGGGGCGUGGAGCUGGAGGACUGGCUUUGCUGCCAGUACCUGGCGUCUGCGGAGCCCGGGGCCCUCUUACAGUCGCUGAAGCUCCUGCAGCUGUUGUGAGCCAAGCCCCAGCCUGCACUGUCGCUGCCGCUUCCCUGCCUAACCCUUGCCUUGGAAGCGCCCGUGUCUUCCUGGGAAAUGGUACAGAUGACUGUUAUACCUGGAUGUAAAAUAUAUAAAUAUAUAGAGAGAAAAUACAUAUACCAUAUAUAAAUAUGAAAGACUAAGGAUGUUGUUGCCCGUCCACACUGGUCUCCUCUCUGCACCAAGUCCUCCCUGUUUUCUUCUGUAAUUAUAUACAUUUCUAGUUCCAUGCAACGUCCUGAGGACAGUUCUGUGAACAGAAUGCAGCCUGGACACUGGCCUCAAUACCUUUAGGAUUUCUUCACCCUUUUGUCAAAUUGUUAUUUAAAGAAAAAAAGAAGAAGAAGAAAAUUCCAUUAAAAAUUUUUUUGCUUGA